AUGGCAUACAAACAUACACACUCAAUAAUACUUCACAUACAUACACUUCUCAUUAUUCAUUAUUAUUAUUAUUCACUUAUUCAUAUUAUUAUUCAUUUAUUCAUAUUAUUAUUCAUUUAUUCAUAUUAUUAUUCAUUUAUUCAUAUUAUUAUUCAUUUAUUCAUAUUAUUAUUCAUUUAUUCAUAUUAUUAUUCAUUUAUUCAUAUUAUUAUUCAUUUAUUCAUAUUAUUAUUCAUUUAUUCAUAUUAUUAUUCAUUUAUUCAUAUUAUUAUUCAUUUAUUCAUAUUAUUAUUCAUUUAUUCAUAUUAUUAUUCACUUAUUCAUAUUAUUCACCUAUUCUUCAAUUCAUUCUUAUUCAUAUUAUUCACCUAUUCUUCAAUUCAUUCUUAUUCAUAUUAUUCACCUAUUCUUCAAUUCAUUCUUAUUCAUAUUAUCUAUUCUCUCUCUACCAUAACUAUUCAUUUUUACUCAAUCCAAGACAUAAUUAUCUAUACACUUUCCACAUUAUAA